CCCAGGUCCAAGGGGCAGUCUUCCUGGUCUUCCUUCCCACAGUGACCAUCUAUCUGUCUCACCAAUGAUGUCCCUCCGCCAUGGAGGAACAUGGACCUCAGAGAGCAGGACUUCUGCCUGGCCUCCAAGGGCAGGAACCCCCUGAGCAGCAGCGGAGGGACGGGGAGCACGAUGGUCAGAAUCAGGGCAGACGGUGCUGGCUGCUGGCCGCUUGAGAACGUGUCAGGCCUGAGGAGCAAACCAGGAAGAAGCCUGUGUGUCUGCCUGCACCUCAUUUGAGAGUAGAGCCCCAUCUCCCACCUUUAGGAACUGCCCAACCCCCAAGCAAGGGCACCGCAGAAUGAGGCAGCUGAGGAACCCGUGGCUGAAAGGCUGCUGGACAUUCUGACUGCAGCUGCCAGACCAGGGGUCUGCGGCCCUGGACAGCCUGACUCUGAACUGGGGAUUAAGAUGACAAGGAAACUAACCAGGAGCCUAUCUUAGGAGAGAGAGACCCAGCACACCCAGACGCCACCUUGGACCGCGCAUGGGAGCGCGAGGAAGCCCAGGGAGCCUCAACAAGGAGAAAUGAGAAGGCAGCCCCAGAAGGGCGGGUCUCUCGCCGGGACAUAGCCUCUCUACCCUAAGGGCCUCCUUUCCCACUGACCCGCACUCGCUCUCUGUGUCCCAGGAUGCUUCUCUCCACGGCCUCAGAGUGCCUACCCUGCCCCUCUGGCCAUUUCUGUGGUGUGUCUGGCCUUGCUGCCCCCUCUGCACCCUGCUCCCCUGGCUACUUCUGUCUGGUGGCAGUCUCUUCCCCAACCCCAACAGGCCACUCAGAGAAGGGGGGCCCCUGUCCCCGAGGUCACUUAUGCCCCAGGGGGACCAGCCUCUCCCAGCCUUGCCCUGCUGGCUCCUACAGCAACCUGACUGGCCAAGCCUCCUGCUUCCCCUGCCCCGCCGGCUACUACUGCCCUGAGAGUGUCAGCACCUACCACGAGCACCCCUGCCCUGCCGGCUUCUUUUGCCCCAGAGGCACCAAGUACGCCACCCAGUUCCCCUGCCCUCGGGGCUACUACAACCCAGACCCACUGACGCAGAGCCUGGACAGCUGUCUGCCCUGCCCGCCAGGCCACUACUGCGGCCAGGAGAACCUGACCCAGGCCUCUGGGCCCUGUGAUGCAGGCUGGUUCUGCGUGUCAACAGCAUGGACCGCUCGUCCCUUCGACCUGGACAACUACACCAGCACCAAUUGCCUGUGCCCGGCCGCGGCCACAGCGGGGAAGUGCCUGGCAGGCUCCUUCUGCCCCGAGGGCAGCCCGGAGCCCAGACCCUGCCUGCCGGGCUCUUUCUGCGCCACCUCCGGUAAGGACUUGAGAGCCCUCUCUGGCUGUGACGCUGAGACCCAGGCCCAGCAGUGGUGAGAGCCGGGUGAACUCUGACCCGCUCUCACCUGCUGCAUGGCUGUGGGCGUGCGACCCCCGUGUUCCCUGUACCAUGAGGACUGGCGUCAGCAUGCUCCCUGGCAGGGCUGUGCUAUGCAAAUAGGCCCUGUGG